AUGUUUUACUCAGAGACUCUGCUCCAAAAGAGCGGUCCCCUCGCCCGAGUAUGGCUUUCUGCCAAUCUAGAGCGCAAGCUCUCCAAAACGCACAUUCUCCAAUCCGACCUAGGCGAGAGUAUCGAGGCGAUAUUGAUGCCAAGCCAAGCCCCAAUGGCUCUCAGGUUAAGCGGUCAGCUCCUCCUCGGUGUUGUCCGAAUUUACAGUCGCAAGACCCGCUACCUGCUCGAUGACUGUAAUGAGGCUCUUAUGAAGAUCAAGAUGGCUUUCCGUUCUAGUGGAAACAACGACAUGGCUCCUACUUUGAAUGCCUCGAAUCGAGAGGCCCUUCUCCUCCCUGAUCGAAUCACGCCCUACGACAACCUCGAUAUCCUCCCCCACCAGAUGCCGCUUGGCUCUUGGCCCAGAUGGACGAUGUCACAGCAACCCCGAUGGGGCGAAAAGGCCGCCCAGUUUUUGCACUCGGGGCUGGACAAGGACGAUGAUCUCGCUCUCGCUCCCUUGGACGAUGACAUCGAACUCGAACUCGAUCUUGGUGAAGAUGACGAGCGGCCCCGAAAUGUGGAUCGAUCAAUCGAAAUGGGUCGAGAUGCCGCACCGGCCAUGGAUGACGAUGACAUUUUCAGCGAGGUAGAUCUCGGUACGCGUCUUGGAAAGGAUGGCGGCGACCGCGAACCAUCCAUCAACCUUGAUUUCGACAACGGAGUUCGGAUCGCCGAUGAUGAAGGCGACAUCCAAAUGGGUGAUGACGGACUUCACUUCAACAUGGAUGACCAGUCUGCCAUGCCCGGGGGCCUCCAUUUUAGCCGCACCAGGAUUUCUGAGUCGCCGCUGUCCGACAUCGACGAGGAUCUCGCGCGAGAGGGCGAAGAAGCAAAGAUCAUUCUUCCCGACGAGCAAACCAUGCUCUCAAGCGCCUAUAUCAAGGAGCAGCACGCUAACCGAGGCAACAUCCUUAAACCGCAGUCCUUCCUACCAAAGGACCCCUACGUCAUUGCCCUCAUGGAGAUGCACAAGAAUGGCGGCUUCGUCGCCAACGUUAUUCUUGGCAACAAACAGUCUAGCGAGCUCAAGCGCAAGAGGGACAGUGGCAUCGCGGACAUGGAUAGUGACCAGGGCCUGUGGAAGUCGCCUCGACUUGAUGUUGAUGAUGAUGAUGACCAUCUCGUCCUCAACGACGCGGACGCCGGCAACCAGACUGUUGGUCCCGACGGCACCAUCCUAGAAAUCCCUGCCGAUGACGACAUGGACGAAGGCCACGAACGUGAAGGCAGCCCGAUGCCCGCGUUUGACGAGACAACUAUGCCUAUCGUUCAUCCCGCGGACAGUGGUAUGGUGUCGGUCGGCACGAAGCACGCCGUACACAUCCUCAGGGACCUCUUUGGCGCCAAUGCGGAACACGAUGCCGAGAAGCGCAAGAAGACAGCCGUGGUCUUCCAGGACCUCUUGCCUGAGGGACAGACAACAAAGGCCGACGCUACCAAGAUGUUCUUCGAGUGCCUCGUCCUUGCUACCAAGGAUGCCAUCAAGGUAGAACAAGGCAGCAGCCUCGGCGCACCUAUUCGCGUUCGCGGCAAGCGCGGCCUCUGGGGCGAGUGGGCAGAGAGGGAGGCUGGCGGCGAGAUUGCCGCGGACGCGGAAGAACAAUCCCCUCGAUGCCAGGCCCAGACGCUCAGCCGGCUGUCGUCUCCGUUGAGUCUUGAGGCCGAAAGGAAGGAGAUGAUUGUUAGGCUAGGGACGAAUCGGCGUCCGGGUUGCUUUGCUCGGCUCCGCGUGCAAACACUCUUGGAGCCUUGA